UGUCUCCGACUGUCAAAAUCUAUUCUAAAAAUUGAUUGUUUUUGUUUUAAAUUUUCGAUUUUGAAUUUCAUUCAUUGAAGAAAUUAAGUUUGCUUUGCAAUAAAUAAAUAUUGCCAUCAAGUUAUUAUUGUAACAAAGGGCAAUGGAGACUUGUGUGAGAGGAUUUUCUUACAAGCCUGAAACUAAAGUAGAGGAUUUAAAAUAUGUGGAAAGUGAAGAAUUGGAGCGUACAUGGAAGACCGCUCAGAGAGAGCGUCAAAAGCAGCAGGAACAGAAGAUAUGGGAAGAGUUCAUGAACGAGCAGGAUAUUGUGCAGAAUGUUUACAGAGAAGACCCUUACCAAUUCUUGAACCAACUCCCCCAAGAAUACAUCCAGGAACUGCUGGAGAUUGAGCUGCAAAAAAUGAGUGAAGAAAAUGGUGACAACAUACAAGAUGAGGGACAGACUGAGGUAGCAGACAGCAUGGCUGUGGAACUGACCACACAUGGUACUGCUGUGUGCUCAGAGGAAGCGGACAAGGAAGACACCAACAUCUUCAACAUCUUUGAUGAUGAAGACAAAGAAGAGGAUGUCUCUGGCGAAGAUAAAGAGUACUGUGACAACGAGUCCAACGUCAGUCCGCCGUGCACCGUCAGAGAGAGGCAGGACGACAUGGCGCUGGCGUGCGAGGUGGACAACUCUGACAAAAUAUCCAGAAAAUCUUCGGGCGAUAACGUAGCUAAUAUGAUAGAAGGCAGCAUCUACUGCGCCAAAGUUAAGGACUUACGCGUAAAGAUCAAUGAGGAACUUCUCAACAUCAUUGGUCAGUUGGAACAGAAAGAUAUGCUAAACAUCGACCCGAUUGAGUUCCCCAAGUUGACGCGGCGCUCCGCGGAGUUCUGCGCGCGCUUCCACCGCGUGCACGUGUACCAGCUGCAGAGACAGAUCGCGGACAUAGAGCGGCACACGAGCCGCGCGCCGGCGCUCGCGCAGCGCACGCACUACCAGGCGCAGCUGGCGCGCGCCGCCUCGCUGCACAUCAGCCUGCUGCACGCCUUGCAGGUGUUUUCCCGGUCUCUGCCGCAAACUGCGUGUGUGCGAGAGAGCGGUGAAAUGCUGAAGCUAGUAUUGUCUCUCAUAUGGGAGGCGACCCGCGUGUGUAGCGACGCGCGGCCGAACACACUACCCGCGGCCGCAGGACUUUUUGAUGACUGCGUCCAGCUGACGUGUGAGACUCUGGAGGUGACCGUGAGUGAGUACACCAUGAAGAUGCAGGACUACAUGACGAGAACCGAAGACACGAGCAUGCCAUGUUCCCGAAAGUCUAGUAAGAUGAAAGGGCGUAAACGAUCUACCGGCGUUACGUACUCCAAGUCUGGAAGCAAAUCACUGUGCACCGAGGCGGCGCUGUCGAUGUACUCGGGCACGCAGCGGGCGGCCGGCGCGCGCUCCUCCAGCUCCAAAGACAAUCAGUCCAGCAGCGGAACUUCGAAGAUGCGCGUACCCAACGUCGCGCGAAGCAACCAGCAAGCCAGCAACAAACAGGAACUAGCGAAGAGUCCGAAAAAGUCACCCAGGAGCCGCCGGCCGCUCAUGCGCGCACCGCACGCGCCCGCGCGCCCGCGCCGCGCGCCGCUCGACGAGCGCGACGUGCGCACGCUCGUGGAGACCGUCGCGCCGUGCGCCUCAAAUCAUAGCCGAGAUCCGACCCCUCCGAAGAGCAACGAAGCGAGCCCUCACCCAGGACACAAAGAAACCCCAAAAGUCCCCAGACCCAAAGAGCCUUCCCGUACCCCCGUCGAGCUGACGCCGAGGAGCAGGCCUGCCAACAUCAUCGCCAGGAACAAACUAGCCGUUGUGAGCCACAUCAAGAAACCAAUCACACCGAAGAAGCUGAUAGAAAAAAUCAACACUCCGAGAGAAGCUGAUAGAAAAAAUCAACACUCAGGUCAAGAAAACACCACCGUUCGGGAACCAAUCAUCAAAAAUGUGAUGGAAAAUACGAUUGUUCAAGCGAAGGAAAGUGAUAGUCAAGAUCCAGUCAAGAGUCCAGUGAAACCCAAAGAAGAUUGGAAGUCUGUGACCGGAGAGCCGAGAAAAUCCGAAAAUGAGAGAAAUAGGGCCGCAGACGCAGAGCCGACGAGCUGCGAAGUGACAAGGCUGGUGCGGCAGCUAUGCGGGGGCGACAAUAAAUUUGGGAUGAAAAGCGAGCGCGCGACGGGAGCGAAGAACGCGCAACUGCUGUGCGUCACGAGAGGCAGUGCGGGGCAGCCGAGCACUCCGCAGUUGCUGCGGAUACUAGAGGAAACGAUCCAGAAGAAGACCCCGAGGCACCUGUUCCCGCGCCAGCCCUUGCCGGCGAAGGACGCGGAGAAGCUGCGCAUGACCGUCGCCGUCCCGGAGCUGGUGUCCGACGCGCUGCUCGACUACCGCACCAACUUCGUGCAGCACAUGCUCACCAGCGCCCUGUACGCCAACAGCGCGGUGGGCAAGCCGUGGGAGAAGAUCGCCAGUAUAUCAGAGAAAAUAAUAGACGAUCUACUCCUUAAGUGCGCUAACCAAAUGGAACUGCAGAAGUUUGUGAAUCAGAUGUACGAGGACGAGACUUGUUAAUUUUUAUAAAACCUGUAUUUUUUCUUAUGUGGAUUUAUGAUAUUCUUAAUUUCAAAUAAAAUUCUCAAUACUUUAGAA